GGGGGUUGGGGGUGGGGAGGCUGGACAGAAGGUUUCAUACGCGGAGGAUUCCAGCCCACUCUGGCAGCAAAGGCUCCCACGGGCGAAGUGAAUACCAUGGGCUUUUGCUCCGGCCGCUGCACGCUUCUUGCGCUCUGCGCUCUGCAGCUGAGCAGACCUUCUGUGGGAGAAAAAGAGCCAAGGACCCUGUGAGCAGCCACAGAGAUUCUCCUAGAUUCAAGCUGAGAAUAGAAGAGGCUUGGACCGCCCCUAGAAUGGGGUGCAGAGAGCACAAUAACCCACACUCAAGGCCUCUGGCUGUGCAACAACUGCAAUGGGGUGGACAAGGCCUGGCCAGGGAUGCAGUUACUAUGGUUAUAAUCCUCACUUCAAAUGCUGUGCUUGGUCACAGCUCUGGAACGGCAAGUCUUUGACUUCCUGGGUUACCAGUGGGCACCCAUCCUGGCCAACUUCACCCACAUCAUCGUGGUCAUCUUGGGGCUCUUCGGCACCAUUCAAUACCGGCCACGCUACAUCGUGGUGUAUGUUGUAUGGGCAGCUGUCUGGGUUACCUGGAAUGUCUUCAUUAUCUGCUUCUACCUGGAAGUGGGGGGCCUCUCAAAGGACAGUGAACUUUUGACCUUCAAUCUCUCUGGGCAUCGUUCCUGGUGGGAAGAGCAUGGGCCAGGCUGUCUUCACGAGGAGGAGGCCACAGCUGGCCUGGGUGCACUGCAUGGACAGUCCUUGGUGGUGGGUGCUGGCUGUGCCAUGGUGCACAGCUAUGUGGAAGCCCUGCAUAGUGGCCUGCAGAUCCUGCUAGCGCUCCUGGGUUUUGUCUAUGGUUGCUACGUGGUCAGCGUGCUCACAGAAGAAGAGGACAGCUUUGAUUUCAUUGGUGGAUUUGACCCAUUCCCCCUGUACCAUGUCAAUGAAAAGCCGUCCAGCCUCUUGUCCAAGCAGGCAUAUUUGCCUGCAUAAGUGAGGGGAUGGCUGACCCUGCUCCUGCAACCCAGCCUCAGCCACGGAAACAAUGAGGAGACCCCAGUCCUGGAGUAGCAGCUCUGCUUCCCUGCCUGCCUAACAUUUUUUCCAAGUUCACCUUGGAUACCAGUAAGGGGCGGGGGACACUGCAGGACAGGGUGGCUACAACUGUGAGUUUGUAAUAUCUUUUCUUUUUUUUUUUCUAAAAAAAAAUACUAUGAAAAUGCAAGAGAGACUAUGGAAACAAACAA